AUGAUAUCAAAUACUAACGUUAAAAGAGAUAUCUCUGAAUUAAUCUUCAGACAUAAUAUUACAAGCCCUAUUUUUCCACCAAACAUCACAGUUGACGAACUCAUGGCAAAUUCACUUGCGAAACUUCGAGACAAUGGAAAAAUCAGUAAGGUUCCCAACGCAUUUAUGGCUUAUAGAAUGACAUUGCAAAAAGAAAUUCCGAGAAAUAAAUUUUGCCCUACGAUGGGUGAACUUUCUUCUAUUGCAGGCAGACUUUGGGAGAAUGAACCAUUUUUUGUAAAAAAUUAUUAUCGUGAAUUAGCUCAUCAAGCUAAAGAAGGGUUCGAGGCGCAUUGGAUGACGAUUAAUUAUGUCGAUAACGCUAGUAAAAUUGUGGUCUCAGAUUCUUCGAGUAAAAAACAUUUUGAGACAAUUAAAAAUAAUGACAAACAAGAACCUACAAACAAUAUAAGCCAUAUUGAAUUAUAUUCUAAUGAGAUUCCCUAUUUUAGUCAAUUGAAUCAUAUUAAUGAUUAUAAUGGGAAAAUAGAAAUAAAUUUAUCGGAUCUUGAAAGAAUGAAUACCACUGAAAAUACCUUCCCAAUAAAUUUUUUGGCUAAAGAUAAAGAUGAAUCAGCAACCUUAACCACAAAUUACUUGUCUCUAUCUACUUUUUCUAGCUCAUCAAAUCAAGAUAUUGAAAUGAAUAUUAACAAUCAAAACGAGCAUAUUGAUAAUAUUUUCGACAAUAACAGCGAUCCUAGCACUUUAGAUACACAUUUCUAUUCAUUAUUCUAUUCUGACAACAAUAAUUAUGAUAGUUAUCAACAAGCUCAAGAUUUCUCUUUUGAAGAUAAAAGAGCCGAAAAUCUUGUUUCCUCUCUUACACAUGAAUCGUCACAUGAUUUUCGAAACGUUACAGAAUAA